AUUAUGUUUAAGCGAUACGCAAAAAAGCCAGUGGUCCAGGCAUUGGAGUAGCUACGCUGAUCGGGUGGACGUUCUUGAUAUUGCUUUUCUAGCACGGCUGUUAGAAUACUACUUGUGUUGGAGAAGAAGGUGAUCACCAAAUACCAGAGAAAUGCAUCCAGCAACUGCCAAGUGGUACGAUAGGAGGGACUCUGUGUUCAUCGAAUUCUGUGUAGCAGACAGCAAGGAGGUCAAGGUGAACUUUGGUAAAACCAAGUUUGGUUUCAGUUGUAUUGGAGGAACUGAUAAUGUCAAACAUGAGAAUGAAAUAGACCUUUUUGAAGCCAUUGAUCAAAAUGAAUCCAAACAUAAACGAACAGAUCGUUCAAUUUUGUGCUGUUUACGAAAAGCAGAGCCCGGCAAGGCUUGGCCCAGGCUAACAAAAGAGAAGGCUAAGUUGACUUGGCUCAGUGUUGACUUCAACAACUGGAAAGACUGGGAGGAUGACUCAGAUGAGGAACUUGGCAACUUUGAUCAAUUCUCAGACAUGAUGAACAGCAUGGGUGGUGAGGAUGACCUACCUGAUUUAGAUGGUGCUGACGAAGAUGAGUCUGCAGAUAGUGAUGAUGAGAAAAUGCCAGAUUUGGAAUAGAAGACUCCAAAAGCAAGAAUGAGGUGCAACAACAGAGGGCAGGAGGAUUAAUUAAAGAAAAAAAAACUGUACAUCUUGAAAUUGAAGGCAGUGAAAACUGUACAUAUGAGUUGGUAGCCAUAUUUAAAUCCAUAGCCUCAUUUCCAAAACUACCAAUCAGUCCACUGAAGGUUGAUAUGCAUAGUAUUGUACAGAGCAGCUAUCUCCACUUCCAUUUGCAGCACUGCACCUUUUGGGUAUCCUUUGUUACGGUUGAUUACUUCAACUAAGCACACAUUAUUUGUUUAAAAAAAAACUGUACAGUUGUCCUCAACUGAGCAAUACAUGUUAAGAGAAAAACAAAUUGCAAAUGAAAAAUGAUAUAAAAAUGUCUUUUUUCCCACCUGUUCCACCCUAUGUGGUGGUUUUAAGUGAGAUGGUCAGUGUGGUUUAUCUUCAUAAAGUUAUUUUUAUGAUUUAAGAAGACAUUAGCUGUGAACCUCCGAAUUGGAUGCAUUUUCUGACAAUGUUCCUCUUAAGCCUUCCAUGGUGUGUGUAUAUGAUAUCCGGGAAACAAGUUAUUGUUUCUGUAGUUUAGCCUUCUGGCUUACACUUUUUCCUUUGUUGUUAACCGUUAAAUGGUGUCUGUAAAAUUGGAGUAAUCUAGAAUUCAUGCAGAAAUAUCAAAUUGUAUCCUCACUGCCAUCAACUUCUUGACAUCCUUGAUUUUUCAUUAUUUGAACGAAUUCCGUAUCCUAACAGCAGUAACUCCAUAUCCACCCAACAGUUUUCCACAUCUGACUCCAGAGAUUAGGUACAACGUUUUUCAACAAACUUAAGAGGCUUAAGGCUCAGUUGGGCUUCAAAAAUGUCUGGUUGGUUCAUUGCUACCCUUAAGGUUUGUGAAUAGAAAAUAAGAUCCUCCCUUUUUGGUCUUGUUGGAACGGGAGUGUCAGGGAAUCAUUAUGGCAACGUGUAAUGACCAAAUUAUAUUUGCACUGUUGAAAUAAAAUGUUAGGGGAGAGAAGUAAGAGCAUGGUUUUUGUGUAUUUCAACGUGACCGGCUAUCACAGGCAGAAUAACUUCAAUUAAUGUUGAAUUGCAGUGGAUUUUUUUUUUAUUGUCUACAUCUUUCUAAUAAACUGUCUAAGACUCAUUA